AUGUCGGCAACGCACGAUGCGCAGACGCGAUGGAAUUCAACCUUUGAAAACCACCCAAUGCGAUACGUUGAUCCUCCGCUCUCGCCCUGGACCUCGCGCGUCCUGAGCUCAGCUGGGCUCAGCUGGGCUUCCCUUGCCCCCCCGGAGACCGAAAUAUCGCACUGGGCCCUUGGACGGCGAGUGUUGCCGGGCCGAGGCGAUGCAAAAGGCUCCAACUCCGCUCGAUUUUGUUUCCGCUCAAUUUUGUUUGAACGCGUGGGCUCUCGAGAACUGUCGCCGAAGCCGGUUCCAGACCCCAUGGGCAGCAUCGGCAGGCUUGGCCUCCUCUUCCCCGCACCAUGGGCAUCGUCUCUCGCCGCCACGGCUCUUCGACAGUAG